CGGAUGUUUCGGAUGAUUGAGCGAUCACAGAGAAGAAUCGUCCAUGAGUUGAACGGACGAGAACCGAGAAACGGGGUGGUUAAAUAAUCCUAUAAUCCGAUGACGAUGAGGAAUUGAGAUUCUAAGCGACGAAAAUCGAAGAGCCGUAUUCCUGGCUCUCGCUCUCGCUCUCGCCGUGACCGGGAAGGCGACGGCGACGGCGACGGCCAGACGGCAGCAGCGUUCGGCUGGAUAACUGUGACCACGGGGAGUAGACGACCUACUGUUGUGGAAUAAAGAAUUCUUCUACCUUUUUAUCUUUUAGCCUUUCUCUCUCUCUCCCUCCCUCUUUUCCUUCAAAGGCCGUUUGCAACUUCCGAGACAUUGCUGCCUUUUCGAUUUAAAAAAGGGAGAUUCAAGGUGGAGGGAAGACGCUAAUUGCUCUAUCUUCUCUAAUUCCAUCCAUCAAAAUCCUCCGAGUUUUAGAAUCACAUUGAGAUUUUGUUUCCUCGUGAUUUUCUUCGCUGUUCUCAUUUUUUGCGUGAAUUGAGUACUGCUGUUACGAUGCCUCUGAGAGGCAUAAUUUGUGAGAAGACUGAAAUACGCGAAAGCAGUGGGAAUUCAUCGAGGAAAGUUAGGGAGGGAGUUCAAAUGCGUCAUCUCGGGAAGUCGCAUAUUGUUCCAGAACAGCCUUCUUCUUUAUCUUCUCCGGUUCCGGUUGAACAGAGCCGUUGGGCGAAUUUUCCUCCGGAGCUUCUAUUGGACGUAAUUCAACGAGUGGAAGCGAGUGAAACCUCUUGGCCUUCUCGUCGGGAUGUUGUUGCUUGUGCUUCAGUUUGCAGGUCAUGGCGGAUGAUUACAAAGGAAGUUGUUAGGACUCCUGAACAGAGUGGGUGGAUCACGUUCCCAAUUUCUCUGAAGCAGCCGGGACCAAGAGAUACUCCGAUCCAGUGCUUCAUUAAGAGAGAAAGGGCAACUUCAACGUUUCGACUCUAUCUCGGGCUAAGCCCUGCCCUGUCGGGUAAUCUUAGUAAACUGUUGCUAACUGCAAAAAGAAUCCGACGAGCAAUGAGUACAGAGUUCAUUAUAUCAUUAAUUCCAGACGACUUCUCUCGAGCAAGCAACAAUUACUUGGGAAAGUUAAGGUCAAAUUUUCUGGGGACCAAGUUUUCAAUUUAUGACAGUCAGCCUCCUCAUGACCCAAAAUUGCGAACCAGUAGAUCAAAAAGAAGAAUCCAUUUGAAACAGGUUUCUCCAAGUAGAACUCCAACAAACUAUAAAGUCGCUGCCGUAGCUUACGAGCUCAACGUCCUCCGUACGAGAGGUCCAAGAAGAAUGCGAUGCACCAUGCAUUCAAUACCUAUUGCGUCCGUGGAGGAGGGUGGGACUGCCCCAACUCCGACAGAGUUUAAAGACUGUAUCAAUGAAUAUCAUUCCUCAACACCACUUUCCAAAGGAAAGAAAGCGAUAACCGAGUCCCCAACCGAGUCCCCCGACUCUCAGGAAUCGGUAGCUCCAUUGAUAUUGAAGAACAAAGCUCCAAGAUGGCACGAGCAGCUUCAGUGUUGGUGCUUAAACUUCAAAGGGCGUGUCACGGUCGCCUCAGUGAAGAACUUCCAGCUGGUUGCUGCUGCGGAGACGAAUCAAAACGUAUCGGCAGCCGAACAAGAGAGAGUUAUUUUGCAGUUUGGUAAGAUUGGGAAGGAUAUUUUUACGAUGGAUUAUCGGUAUCCUCUCUCAGCUUUCCAAGCCUUCGCAAUUUGUCUUAGUAGCUUUGAUACGAAGCCAGCCUGUGAAUGAAUUCCAUUGGCUUAACUUUGCUCCAACAUUUUCCAACUGUAUAUAUUAUUAUCGUGGAAAAGAAGCUUCGUAAUAUAGACAUUAUAUUCAAUAA